GGGGACGCCCGCCCUAGAAGCGGCUGGGCUGCUCCUCAUCCCAGCUGCCGAGGAUCGCCCCACACAGAGGGGCCCCCUUCCUAGCGGCUGUCCCCGGCGCGCGGCUCCGCACAGGCCCUCAGGGAGGGGUGCAGCCCCGGGACCGGCGCGGAGAGGGGCCUGGGGCAGGUGGCCCUGUGCCCGGCGCGCCCACGCUGAGGCCCGGCUCUAGGAGCAUGCGGGGGCGGCCCUGCCCACACUCCGGAACAUGGAGGAGUUCCGGCGCUCCUACAGCCGCCUGUGCCAGGAGAGCGGCGCCGAGCCGCAGGAGGCCGUCCUGCAGCAACUGCACCAGCUUCCGAGGGGCCGGCUGGACCUGGCCACGCAGAGCCUGACAGUGGACACCUGCAGGGCCCUGGGCACGCUGCUGCAGACGGAGGCCCUGCUGAGGGAGCUGGUCCUGAGCGACUGCAUGCUGAGCGAGGAAGGAGCCACAUUGCUGCUCCAAGGGCUGUGCACCAACCCUGUGGUGCGGCUUCUGGACCUAAAGGGCAAUAACCUUCAAGCCGCAGGGGCCGAGGCGCUGGGAAAGCUCCUCCGACAGAACAAGUCCAUUCAGAGCCUCACUCUGGAGUGGAACCACCUGGGUGCAUGGGAAGACGCCUUCGCCUCCUUCUGUGGGGGCCUGUCGGCUAACGGCGCCCUGCAGCAGCUGGACCUCCGCAACAACCAGAUCAGCCACAAGGGCGCGGAGGAGCUAGCCCUGGCCCUGAAGGGCAACGCCAGCCUCCAGCAGCUGGACCUGCGCUGGAAUAACAUUGGCCUCCUGGGCGGCCGGGCCCUGGUGAACUGUCUCCCCAGCAACAGAACCCUGUGGAGGCUGGAUCUGGCUGGGAACAACGUCCCUGGAGACGUACUCAGGGCCGUCGGUACGGAGCAGGCCAUGGACCACAACCAGGACCGCCACGCCACCUUCCGAGAGAGCCAGGCCCGCACCCACGUCCUCAGCAAGGAGGUCCGGCACCUCCGGGAGGAGAAGUCCAAGCAGUUCCUGGACUUGAUGGAGACCAUCGAUAAGCAGCGGGAAGAGAUGGCAAGGGGCAGCAGGGCAUCGGCAGCGCGUGUGGGGCAGCUUCAGGAAGCCCUGAAUGAGAGGCAGUCCAUCAUCAAUGCCCUCAAGGCCAAGCUGCAGAUGACUGAGGCUGCCCUGGCUCUGUCAGAGCAGAAGGCCCAGGACCUACGGGAGCUCUUGGCCGCAGCUGAGCAGGAGCAGCUGAGCCAGUCGCAGAAGCAGGCCAAGGAGCGCAGGCUGGAGCAGCAGGAAGCUGCAGAGCGGGAAUCGAAGCUCCUCAGAGACUUAUCUGCUGCCAAUGAAAAGAACCUGUCUCUGCGGAACCAGGUGGACGAGUUGGAGCGGAAGGUGAAAUCUCAGCAGGAGCAGCUAUUCCUGACCAGGCAGGAGCUGACCAACACAUCGGCUGAGUUGAAGAUUCGGGCUGUUCAGGCAGAGGAGCGCCUGGACAUGGAGAAGAGAAGGUCCAGACAGAGCUUGGAGGAUGCGGAAAACCUGCGCUUGAAGGAGGUGGAGCACAUGACACGCCACCUGGAGGAGAGCGAGCGGGCCAUGCAGGAAAGGGUGCAGAGGCUGGAGGCCACACGGCUGUCCCUGGAGGAGGAACUGAGCCGGGUGAAGGCGGCGGCACUCAGCCAGCGCAGCCAGGCGGAGGAGGAGCUCAUCAAGGCCAGGAGCCAGGCCCACCGGGAGGAGCAGCACCUGGCUCACCUGGAGGACAAGCUGCGGCUGCUGACGCUGGCACGGGACGAAGCUCAGGGCACCUGCCUGCUGCAGCAGCAGAAGGUGGUGGAGGCCCAGGCCAGGGCCGGCCAGCUCAGCCUGCAGGUGGACGGUCUGCAGCGGCGCCUGGAGGAGCUGCAGCAGGAGCUGAGCAGCAAGGACCAGGAAAAGGUGGCCGAGGUGAACAGGGUGCGAGUGGAGCUGCAGGAGCAGAACGGCCGCCUGCAGGCGGAGCUGACCGCCCAGGAGGCGCUGAGGGAGAAGGUGGCAGCCCUGGAGCGGCAGCUGAAAGUGCUGGCGCGCGACCACCGGGAGGCGCUGCGCGACCGCGAGAGCGAGAACGCGUCCCUGCGGGAGAAGCUGCGGCUCAGGGAGGUGGAGAUCGCCCGCGUCCGCGACGAGGAGGCGCAGCGGGCGAGCCUCCUGCAGAGCGCCGUGCUGGCCUACGUGCAGGGGACUCCGCCGAGGGCGCUGAGCCCCCAGAAGUGAGGGGGCCGCGGAGCCGCAGCGCGUCCGGGCGCGCGGGGAGGGACCGGGGGUCCGGGACUUCGCGCUUCCGCGUCGGCCGCAGA